ACAACCCAUCUCUAAAAUAUCAAAAGCUGUCACAUUUUCGCUGAAUCAUUGAGGCUUGUCGAUUGGGAAAAUUACACGGAUUUAUAACAAUUCAAAGAAAAUAUAAUAAAAUGUCGAACAUUUAUGACAAAAACCACUAUGUCGAAAAUGGUUUGUGCUUCACCGAAGACCAUAUUGCGGUGCAUAAGUUAUUCUUGUACAACAUCCCGGAUAAUCUAACGAUGGAAGAGUUGCAUAAACAUUUCAGUUUGUUUGGACGUGUCAUAAGUGUUCAGAUUUUUGAGAAAUUUGAGAAUAUUUCGUUACCCGAAAUGGAUCAUUUUGUCGUAGGUCGGGCCGAAUCGAUAGAAACCUUUUUGCACAAAACAUUCCAGAAAACCGGCUGCGUUUUGUUUAAAAGUUCGAUCGAUGCAGCCAAAGCCUUGGCCACGUCGCAUCAUCAAGUGCAGGGAUACGAAAUCGAAGUCCUUGCCAGCGAUAGUUGGAAUCAACCUGAUCCACAAUCUAGCGUCGUUAGUUCGGAGGAGGCACACAUUUUCAAAAUCCCGGACGAUUGCCUAUCAAUGAUUCUAAAAAUGCUGCCAUUUGUCGAUCAAAUGCAUUUUCGACGAGCUUGCGAACGCUUUCAAAGUGUUUACGACUUAAGUGUACGAUCAAUGCACAAGUCGAUCGAUUUUACAAUAUUUGAGAAAUUAACCCUUUGGGAUAUACGUGACUUUUUUUGUUAUUCCGGGCAUUAUGUUGAACGUAUUUGUGCCAAAGAGAUAUUUAUGUCAGUACGGAACGAACGCAUUUUUAGCUACUUGGGAAUGAAUUGCAUCAACUUGAAGUCAAUGAAGCUUAAAGACGUCUUAUUAAGUACAAAAACUCUGUUUGAAAUAUUUUCCAAUAUCAAUAAGUUGGAAGUUCUAGAAUUGGAUAUGUGUUACCUGACUGAUGGAGAUCUGUUGGCUUUCAAGAAUUUAAAGUAUCUCAAAGAACUAAGCCUUGCCGAAAAUCGUAUAGUCGGGACCAAUUUAAUGAGACUCCCCAACACCAUUGAAAAGCUGAAUCUUGCUUUUUGUGAAGAAAUCAAAUUAGAGAAUCUAAUUUCAAUGUGCGAGGCUUUGCCAAACUUGAAAGAGCUAUGCAUUUGCAAAAUACCUACCGAUUUUCCACGAAAAACCCGCUGUCCUUUACUAGAGACAUUGCGUACGGACAUUUCUAACGAGUCCCAAUGUGAAGAAAUAGCCAAACUGCCCAAACUAAAGAGUAUUUCCAUUGGUUGCGUAGCAAAAAUUGAUAUGUUUAACAAAUUGUUUGAUCAGCUGGUCGUCUAUAAAUCGGAACAAUUGGAAGAAAUAGAAGUUGCUUCUGCCCGUCUAUUAACUAAGCAGAUGCUUGUGAAAAUCGCUAAAUUGAGUGGAUUGAAAAAACUGACAUUACCUGACGCAGUGAGCAUUGAUGAUGUUGUCAUGCGCGAAUUUACGAAGCUAAGCAACCUGGAGUGCAUCAAUCUAAAAAACUGCAUGCAAAUUAGUAACGAUAAAAUGCUAAAUCUGGUCUUUGGCUGUCCGAAGUUACGGGAACUGCGUCUUGACUAUUGCCCAAUAAUAACAGAACAAUUAGUCCACGAAAUUAUCAGGAGGAUGCGAAAGUGCUCUAAAAACAAGGAGCGCAAGUUUCCCAUAAAAAUUUAUGGGCGUGAAACAAAUAUUAAUGUCCAAUAUUGUAACUUAAUAGCUACUGCUAAGGAUAUCGUCAAGGUGUUCACGGAGUUUAAUACGAAAUGGAUACUUAACCCAUUUGGCAUAAUUGAACCAUCUAUUUAAAUUGAAUUUUUUGAAAAGAUUUAUACUUAACCGUUUGCAGUGGCAGUCAAGCCCUUUUUUUUUCUUGUUCUUACACUAACAACUUUUGUAUUUUAAAGUAAUAAAAAUUAUGAUUUCAUUGUAAACUA